CGCCUCAUCAUCCAUUGUUGGGCAAUACACUGCGACACCGAAACAGUCUUAACCGAAACUUUAUGAGUAACUACCAGUUGAAGUUUAAUCCGCUUGUGUUUUGACUGAGUGGAUUUCUAUAUUUUUACUCAGUAUUCUAUCUUUGGAUACAUUUCGGAGAACAAGCUGCGGAAACAGCGAAGGAAGGAAAAGGGUGGAAAAGUUUUGAGGCUUGGAAUUCCGUACUUCUCAUUCCUCCAUUUUGAACUUUUAACGCAAGUUUUUUGUGACUCAGUUUCGGAUUUGUGACACCAUGACAAGCAUCAACACAGCAAACAUCAACUUUAAGUGGGAUCCAAAGAGCCUUGAGAUCCGCACUCUGGCAGUGGAGAGGUUGCUGGAGCCUCUGGUCACCCAGGUCACCACUUUGGUAAACUCAAGCAACAAAGGCCCAUCUAACAAGAAAAAAGGACGUUCCAAAAAGGCUCAUGUCUUAGCUGCUUCAGUGGAGACUGCCACCCAGAACUUCUUGGAGAAGGGAGAAAAGAUUGCAAAGGAAAGUCAGUUCCUUAAGGAUGAGCUGACUGCUGCUGUGGAAGAUGUCCGCAAGCAAGGUGAGUCCAUGAGGCAGGCUUCAGGAGAAUUUGCAGAGGACCCCUGCUCUUCUGUGAAGAGGGGCAAUAUGGUUCGUGCUGCCAGAGCCCUCCUGUCAGCAGUCACACAUCUGCUGGUGCUGGCAGACAUGUCUGAUGUCUAUAAACUUCUACUGCAGCUCAAACUGGUGGAGGACAACCUGGUGAAAGUGCGCAAUGCAGGAACAGAGCAGGACCUUGGGAUCCAAUAUAAGGCCUUAAAGCCAGAGGUGGACAAACUGAACGUCAUGGCUGCUAAGAGACAGCAGGAGCUAAAAGAUGUGCAGCACAAGGACCAAAUGGCUGCUGCCCGUGGGGUCCUCCAGAGGAACAUCCCUAUGCUGUACACAGCAUCCCGUGCCUGCCUGCAGCACCCUGACGUGGCAGCCUACAAGGCCAACCGUGACCUGAUCUACAAGCAGCUGCAGCAUGCAGUGUCUGGCAUCUCCAACGCUGCCCAGGCCACUGCCACCGAGGACUCGGCACUGAACCAGCCAGCAGGGGGCGGGGAGCUCGCCUACGCCCUUAACAAUUUUGAUAAACAAAUCAUUGUGGACCCCCUGGCGUUCAGCGAGGAGCGCUUCCGUCCAUCCCUUGAGGAGCGUCUUGAGAGCAUUAUCAGUGGAGCGGCCCUCAUGGCUGACUCCUCUUGCACCCGUGAUGACCGCAGGGAGCGCAUUGUGGCUGAAUGCAAUUCUGUGCGCCAGGCUCUCCAGGACCUUCUGUCAGAGUAUAUGGGAAAUGCAGGAAGGAAGGACAAGAGCGAUGCUUUGAACACUGCCAUCGACAGGAUGACGAAGAAGACCAGAGAUCUGCGCAGACAGUUGCGUAAAGCUGUAAUGGACCAUGUCUCUGACUCCUUCCUGGAGACCAAUGUUCCCCUCCUGGUCCUGAUCGAAGCUGCCAAAAAUGGGAAUGAGAAAGAAGUCAAGGAAUAUGCACACGUGUUCCGCGAGCAUGCCAACAAGUUGAUCGAGGUGGCCAACCUGGCAUGCUCCAUUUCCAAUAACGAGGAGGGAGUGAAGCUGGUCCGCAUGGCAGCAUCUCAACUGGAAACUCUUUGCCCCCAGGUGAUUAAUGCAGCGUUAGCCCUUGCUGCCAAGCCCAACAGUAAGGUGGCCCAGGACAAUAUGGAUCUGUUCAAGGAGCAGUGGGAGAAGCAGGUCCGCGUCCUCACUGAUGCUGUUGAUGACAUAACUUCCAUUGAUGACUUCCUUUGUGUCUCCGAGAACCACAUCUUGGAGGAUGUGAAUAAGUGUGUCAUCGCUCUUCAGGAGAAGGAUGUUGAUGGUUUGGAUCGCACCGCUGGGGCUAUUCGAGGCCGUGCCGCUCGAGUUGUCCACGUUGUCACUUCUGAAAUGGACAACUAUGAACCGGGCGUGUACACAGAGAAGGUCUUGGAGGCCACCAAGCUGCUCACUAACACAGUCAUGCCACAGUUCACAGAACAGGUUGAGGCUGCAGUGGUGGCCCUGAGUGUAAACCCCACACUACCCGUGGAUGAGAACGAAUUUAUCGACGCAUCCCGGCUGGUAUACGAUGGCAUCCGAGACAUCCGCAAGGCUGUCCUCAUGAUCAGAACUCCAGAAGAGCUGGACGACUCUGACUUUGAGACUGAGGACGAUGCUCGCAGCAGGACCAGUGUGCAGACAGAGGACGACCAGCUAAUUGCAGGCCAGAGUGCCCGGGCUAUCAUGGCCCAGUUGCCCCAGGAGCAGAAGGCGAAGAUUGCUGAACAGGUGGCUAGCUUCCAGGAAGAAAAGAGCAAGCUGGAUGCUGAGGUAUCCAAGUGGGAUGACAGCGGCAACGACAUCAUUGUGUUGGCUAAGCAGAUGUGCAUGAUCAUGAUGGAGAUGACGGACUUCACCAGGGGGAAAGGGCCACUGAAGAAUACGUCUGAUGUCAUCAGCGCUGCCAAGAAAAUUGCCGAGGCAGGAUCAAGAAUGGACAAGCUGGGUCGCACCAUCGCUGAUAACUGCCCUGACUCAGCGUGUAAGCAGGACCUGCUGGCCUACCUGCAGCGUAUCGCCCUGUACUGCCACCAGCUCAACAUCUGCAGCAAAGUCAAGGCCGAGGUGCAGAACCUGGGAGGAGAGCUGGUCGUCUCAGGAUUGGACAGCGCCAUGUCACUCAUUCAGGCUGCGAAGAACCUGAUGAACACGGUGGUCUCCACAGUGAAGGCCUCGUACGUUGCAUCUACUAAGUACCAGAAGAACAAAGGUAUGGAAGCCCUCAAUAUGCCGGCCAUUUCCUGGAGGAUGAAGGCGCCUGAGAAGAAGCCUCUGGUGAAGAGGGAGAAGCAGGACGACGGGCAGACCAACAGAGUGAAGAGAGCCUCUCACAAGAAGCACAUCAACCCCGUACAGGCCCUGAGCGAGUUUAAAGCCAUGGAUAGUAUCUAAAGCACCCGUUUAUUCCCCUUAAGAAAAGACCAAUGAUUCUAUAUAGAGAAUGAGCUUCUAUUCAAAACAAAGGGUAUUGGAAUAUUGUAAAAUGUUAUUCCAUCUUAGAAUAGACGACUUGUCUGUUUGACCAAUUCUACUCAUACUCUGCCUCAUUUCCUCUGCUCCACAAGUGAAUUGCUGUAGCCAUUUUUUUGUUUUGUUUUGUUUUUUUGGGUUUUUUUCUCCUUAGAAAGGACAGUUUGAGGGAAGUCAACUGGACAAAGACUGUUUUCUAAAUGCAUCACCCAUUUUCAUGUCUAUUCAUAGGAGAUAGGCAGUGGAUUUCAUAGAUACUUUAAGAACUAAUUCCUAUUCUUGUAUCUUUAACAUAUUUUAUAGAAAUACUGCUGAUGUUUUCCACUGUUUGAUUACGGCAAACUUGUGUACCACAAAUAUCAACUAUGCAAAAUCUUGACUGACUUUUUUUUUUUUUUUUAAUUCAAGCAAUAAUUGUAGUUUAUAUGGAUGUGAGAGUACAGUAUAAACACGUUCUGGUUCAGCUUUUAAGGAGACAAAGUCGAUAUAUUUCCAUGUGUGCCUGCAUUUUUUUAGAACCGUGUACAAUGAUAUGCCACUAUGUGAGUUUAACACUAUUUUCAGUGCUGUUUAACUAAUGAUUCGCGUCCCGUUUUAUAAAUUGAAUCGAUACAUGUGGUUUCUUUAUUAAUGUGCAUCUCAAAUUGUAUUUUAUUUUUUUUACGUCGACAUGAUGCAACAAACCAAACCAGCCUUUUUUUUUUUUUUCUUUUUCGGUUAAAACGAGGCUCAGCUCCUCCGAGCAACCACGUGUCGGUGCUUUCCAAAGCCGACAAGCUUCAUUGAACUGUCGAUGAGACCAAAACACCUCCACAAUCUUAUGAAUGCGUCCAAAUUGAGGGAUCAAUAUGUUUUGUCUCCACAGCUUAGAGGUAGGCGAGGAAAGGGGAGGAUUUCACAGACUUCAACCUCAGCUUACUGUUUGCAUUUCUUGUCCUAAAGCUCCAACACUAAUCAAGACUUUAGGUCGGGCACAAUCAUUACAAAAAACCCACCGGCUUGUCAGGGCGUCGGAGCUUUAAAGGAGAAAGUUCUUUUCUUUUAAGUCGAGGUAACAGCUGUAUGACGGAGUGGCUCUUUGCAGCUUGUUUUUCCGCCGUAUCGAGCUGCUGCCGCUGCUGCGUCUGUAUACGCCGAGGCUUUGGUCGGGGCUCAAUCUAUGUCAUGCUUUUGUUUGGUGUCGGUGGACAAAAGCAGGACGGGCAUCUGUGGUAUGUGACAGGUGGAUAUUUGUUUUUAUUUUUACUUUAGAAUCAAGCGUUUGGUGGUUAUUGAGAGCAUUUUUUCUUUUGCAUUUGAGUUUGGAUUUAUAUCUGGAGUUAAGUUUAACUACUUUGCCGUGGAACUUUUGUUAUUGAGAGCUAAUUAGUGCACAUGGUUCUUAUAUUCUUGUGCCUGCUUAAUAUCUUAAUAAAGAGUUGGAAUUAAUGGAC